GACAAUCUAGUGUUCCUUUGUGGCCAUAACCGCCACUCGGUGUAUCUUCACCGAACUAGCUGAGGCUGUCUGGAACUUGGGUCAAAUCUACCGUUCAUGGGUGACUAGGGUACGUUUCUUUGGUAGAAUACAAGAACGGAAUCUCAUGAGACACAUUUACUUCACGCCUAAGGAACGCCUAAAGAAACGGAAAGUCCAGAAAUUGAUCAUUUGUCUUGACAAAUUCGUAUACCUUGUUCGCCUGGAGAAUUUGGUGGGCGAUUGGUGUGUUGGCUAUGUAUAUUAAACAUUACAUUAAACGCUUUAAUUCACUCGGCCACUUCCUUUACUUUUUCCUCCAGUUUUGUGUCCUUGAUUCUUGUUUUUUAACUUCUUGCUUUUAUAUUUUUAUUUUAAAUUCAGCGCUGCGUUGUGAUGAAGCGUUUGAUCCAACGCUAUCUUCUCUCUUUGGAGAAAACUGGAAACCAGUUUGUUGCUCCUCCAGAGAGAUUGGACGAGGAAGAAUUGAAAGAUCUGAUAACUCGAUUACAAGAUGCAUUGAGAAGACGCGAGGAAAGCAAACAUGCUGCUGAUGCAAUUGAGAGACAAACGAAGGCGGAAAACAAAGCACAAGAACACAACAGACGGAAUGAAACUCCCUAGCGUCUGGAUAGCGACAUGAAAGCUUAACAUAAACAGAUUCAGGAGUUUUUACAUUUUACCAAAUGUCUUAACAUUGUAUUUUGAUCUGAUAUACGUGCAUGGUUCUAUUUUAACUCGACGCACUGUUUUAUUCUCUCCAGUUUCCAAGCAAUCCAUUUCGAUUCCUGGGAGACUCACUUCCAGCCUCGUUCCCAGGGAACGAGGCUCAAAAAGUAGUCAUUUCAGUCUCGUUCCAGAGAACGAGGCUAGACGAAAGGGAGAACCUAAGCUGUUUGUACAGUCAUAAACGUUAACGGGAAGAUGAGUUAUUAUUAGUCUUUAAACAGUAACAUGAUAUAUUUAUCUAUUGUGUUGUUCCUUGUCCGAGCUAAGGAUGCUCAAUCGAUAGUCUUAAAGUCGACCUGGUUAUUUCAUUCCAAAAACAAGUAAACACUUAGCUUCAUCGUCGGCAAAGGAGACAAAAUUAGGUUUGGUAUUUUAAAAUGAUUACCUGCUUCUUAUUAAUGAAAUGGUAAGCUGUUACGUUCCCGAAAUGCAUCCAAGUCAAACAAUUGUUCUUAAUAACGGUCUACAUUAUAAAAAUGCUAUUUUUUAACCUUCACUAAAGCUACACCCACAUUACGGCUCUUAAACUAGAGUUAUGACAUGACAAUGUCGUUUAUUGUGCUACUGAGAAGCCUUUCAAAAUAUUGUCUGGUGGAAUAAACGUAGCUGUAGGUAUUUUUUAAUCAUAGCAUAAAGGACAUUGAGACUGCUUUCUGGCCAGCCGUUAUUUUGCGAUGUAAUAGGAGUUAAUAAUUAAAUGUUGUGUGAGAUCGCAUGUGUUUGUUAAUUCAGUAAUUCAUUCGCUGUAUUGUUUACGACACGGUUAGCCUUCACAUUGCCCCAUUCAUGCAUGUAUGCAGUGCAUUCCAAGCACAUCUCAUUUCCUCCCAGCAACUGCAAACGGGAUUUUGUGGCCAAUUUACAUGUGCUGAACUAUUUAUCGAUUCGCUCUGACUGAUUCGCUGAAGCCACAUUUCAGUAGUGUUUUGAUGGGUUACUUAUCCUCUGUUUGCUAUCAAGGUUUACGUAUUGCACUUACUAACGUAAAACGUGCGUACGCUUUGGUUAAGCUUCGGUAUCGUAUGGAGAAAUUUUAAUUCCCGGUGUUCAAACAAAUUUAAUUCGUGCUAAACAUGGCGGCCCAUGCGCUAAUGCGUGAAAGGAGAACUUCGAUGUCGUUGUUUGACGUUUUGGAAGCAGCCAUGCCAGAGAUGCCUCUGUCGGAGGAGGACAACUUCUUUUUAGAAGCCGUUCGCCGAGGAAAUUUACUUCAAGUGAAAGAAUACUUCAGAGGGAGACUUAACGUUCUUGAAACCGAAGCAGAGAUAAUCAAAGACUCCAAACUAGGUAGUUUUGGUCUCAUCUUGGCCGCACAACAGGACAACUACGAUUUAGUGAAGUUUUUGUUAUCCCAGGGAUAUCGUAUCGAGGAACCCCAUUCCCGGUCUUGCGCGUGCGAUAGCUGUAACGCCAUGGGGAGCUUGGAAAAGGCUUUGUACCGUUUGAACGGGUAUCGAGCAUUGGCCAGCCCCGUGUAUCUGUCAUUGUCGUACCUCGCUGACUGUGAAAAGGAAGAAUUGACGAAUAAGAACUCGCGUACUAAUGAUCCUGUUCAUCAAGCGUUUGUUCUUAAUGGAAGGAUGGAGCGUCUGGCUAGGGAGGAAUACGAGUUCAAGAAGGAUUACUGCAAUCUGUCGACCCGUUGUGAGGAGUACGCGGUGGCACUGCUGAAUCUGUGCCGAAACAUGAAGGAGAUCGGCUGUGUGAUGACCAUGCCUUCCAUCAGGGGUCUGGCUCAUGUGCAAGUCAGGACGGCCAACAAGGCAGCGUUGAAACUCACUGUGCUGAACUUCGCCAUUAAGAACAAGAACGAGAGGUUUGUAGCUCACCCCUAUUCUCAGCUCAUGCUCAACGCAGUGUUAUAUCAAGACUUUGACGAGCGUUGGAUUUAUCGACGAACUAUCACCAAAGUUGCCUUUGUGCUGCUCUACAUGAUCUUUCUGCCAUUGUGGUCUGUUGUUUACCUCUUAACACCUCAUAACAAACUGUCCCAGAAGUUGGCUACUCCGCUGGCAAAAUUCCUCAGUCAUACCUGCUCCUUUUGCUGGUUCCUGGUCAUUUUGGUUUUGUCCUCGGUGCAGGACACGUUGGGAAUUUCACUACUGCAAGUUUCCUGGAUAGACAUCUUGACUGGUCUUUGGGUGUUAGGCCUUACCUUUGAGGAGGCUAAAGAGUUUUACAGACAAGGAAGAGAACGCUACUUUGCCCAGUGGUGGAAUUUUGUCACUAUUUUAAUGCUUCUCUUCUUUUACCUGGCGGGAAUAUUCUGGCUCCUGGGCUCAUCAGCGUUAUCAGUUGAUGACGACACAUAUUCACUGAAAUAUGUCGUUAGAAACAUCACAAGAGAUUCAGCUUUUCGCUUCUUGCUCCUUUCUAACAGCUUUUUCUCCGUGGCGUUCUUGGUAAGCUUUUUUCACCUGUCUAACUCGUUUCAAGUAAAUAGUGAUAUUGGUCCUCUGCAGUUGUCAUUAAUGAAGAUGUGUCAAGAUGUGGGCAAGUUCUUGUUGCUGUUUCUUUUGGUUUUCUUGUCAUUUUCCAUGGCCGUUCGUAAAGUUUACUCACAGUUUGAACAGAUCACUGACCUGUAUCCCGCCAAGACGAAAGAAGUUAGAGCUGCUCAUGAGUUCUCUGGGUUCUCAGCUGGCCUAAGGAAAUUGUUUUGGGCGUUGUUUGACAAGACAGACUUGGAAGCUUUUGAGAUAAAGUCAAGCACAUUCUAUGUUACUCAGACCACUGGCGAGACCUUGUUUGCCUUUUUCAAUAUCGUCGCCAUUUUGAUCUCUCUUAACAUGCUCAUUGCCAUGAUGUCGAACUCUUUUCAACAAAUAGCGGAUGAUGCUGACAUUCAGUGGAAGUUUUCUAGAACAGGCAUGUGGAUGCAGUAUGUUGACAAGGGAAGUGUCGUUCCGCCGCCGUUUAACCUUCUGCCCAGCGGGAAGUAUUUCAUUGAAUUCUGCAAACGCUGUUACGACAGGAUAAAAUUUCAAAAGAGAGAACGUUAUGAUGACCUGGAGUCGAGUGAAGAAGUGAUUGAAGAAGACGAGGAUAUGCUUGAGCGUGACAAAGUCCUGAAGAACCUCAUUGAUCGCUACUUUUUCAGUUCUCGUCAGGCAAGAGAUCGACGUCUGCUCAAUAAUGUACUCAAAGCUUUCGGAGGAAACAGUCAGGACGAAUCGUCGACCGCCAAGGACUCGUCACCAGCUUCCGAAGAACAAAAGCCGAAAACGUUGGGAUGGCUGAGUCGCUUACAACAAAAAUAAAAUCAUUUUUUUUGGUAGAGUUACAAAAAAUAACGUACAUAAUUCCUUUAGAUUCAAGAACUUGUUUAAUCAUUGGUUAUAAGGUAAAAAUAGAAGCAUCAUGUUGAGUUGCUCUCCAUCAAAGGGUUUCGUGCCAUUUGGCUCGUCUCAUGACCUGCUAUGUCCAAUUGACUACAUCAAGUCGACAAUGAUGUCCAUACUAUUUCAUUUAGAAAUUUUUAAGAAUUCUUUUAUCUUAAGCCAGAUUCACAUUGUAGCUUGUGACUGUUUGUUCCUUUUAGCUGCGCUGCUGUCCUUGCUUUUGGUGUCAGAGGGAGCGAGUUUUAUAACGUGUUCGGUUUUGUACAUGUUCACAGUUUCAAACGCGCAUUAAAAGGAAAAAUACCCUGAUAUAAUUUUCUUGUUUCUCUCUAUUAAUAUAUUUUUCUCGUUGGUUGAAUUUUCAUUAACCUCGUAGCCAUAUUUAUGCGUUAGGUGAAAAAGACGAUUAUGCAAAUUUUAAUCAAAAUGUUACUUGUGAUUAGUGGUCAAUCAAUUACAACGAAUUACUGAGAUAAUCUUGUUGCGAACAACAGCAAACGCGUCCUGUUCUCUGCUGGUGAGGGUUGUCCAAUACGCAGUGUAAAGGUUAUAGUCCGCUUCUAGCUUUGGAAAAUUGGAAUGCAGUGUCAUUAUCAGUGGUCUACCGAAUACGGAGCCGCCCAAGAAAGUAAAGACGACGGUGACGGCGACGACGACGACGCCUAGUCACAUUUUACCUUCGAAUUUCGCAAUUGUCUACAUCUGUUCAGUGUACUGAUGGCUCUAAAAUCGUGCUCAGGUGAAAUAUUUGCGAAUGGAAAUUCGAAUAAUUAGCCGUGUCGUUUGCGCUCCUCAGACUACGCAGAACUUGGUCAUUUCGCGUUGUUGUUUUACAGAGGACGGCAAAGAAAUGUGCA